CCAGAUGUAUCCAGAUGUUGCUGGUGAUGUCCAAUCCAUUGCAGCAGGUACUUGGUGUGGAUGGGGUCAACUUCAGUGUGCAUGUGGAGAACCAGACGCAGGUGCGAGACACCAUGAGUCGGCGACACCACCGGGUCUACCAGCUCUACAGCCGCACCAGCGGCAAACACGUCCAGGUGUUGGGACGUAGAAUUAGCGCUCGAGGAGAAGAUGGAGACAAAUUUGCCCAGCUCGUAGUGGAGGCUGAUACCUUUGGUAGCCAGGUGAGAAUCCGGGGCAAAGAAACCAAUUUCUACCUGUGCAUGAACCGCCGUGGCAAGCUGGUAGGAAAGAAGGCCAGUAAUCGAAGCGAGGACUGCGUCUUUGUGGAAAAGGUUCUGGAAAACCACUACACAGCUCUGAUGUCAGCGCGCUACACAGGCUGGUAUGUGGGCUUCACUAAAAGAGGUCGUCCUCGCCGUGGCCCCCACACACUCCCAAACCAGCAGGACGUACACUUCAUGAAGCGCUUCCCGCCAGGGGAGCAGCCUGACCUCACCACCCCCUUCCGCUUCACCACCGUCAGCAAGCGGGGAAAGCGGGUGCGCGCUACCGGGCCCCGCUAGUAGUGGCUAACACUAGCACCCACUUUCCUGUCAUCCAAAGCCUUGACCUGAGCCUUCGAAUGGCUAACCCAGUCAUCUCCUCUGUCGCACAAGACUGAACACCUCCGUUUGUUGGGACAAACAUUGACCAGGAAUUGAUGAAUCAUUCAUGGGGCUUAGCUUUACACCUACUAAUGUGCCACUACAGCCCCCUAGUAAGUGAUCCUUCUUCUCAAUAUAAGAUCCCAAACUGGACCAUAACUGGUACAUCGCUGGAAGCUCUAUGGACCUGGUCUGCUCCCCUUCGUUGGCCAGAAAUACUGACAAAGAACCUGAAGGCCACCAAAGUCCCAGACUCUACUAAGGCCUUUUUUUCCACAAACACAAAAACAAGGCCUUCAUGUCUCCUGUUCUGGACAAGCUGGACAAUUUAAAUUUGGGAUUACAACUGGACCAUACAGAGAGAGAACAAGGCAGGGAAGGCUGACUUAACAAGAGAGUGGGUGCUAGUCCUAAGGAUAAAGGGAAAACAGGAAGGAGAGGAAAGGAAAGCGGACAAAGGGAUUGAGUGAUCUGCACAGAUCAAAUGGACCAAAAAUGGACUGUUGACAUGUGACGCACUUAUUUGUCUCACUGCUAAAUUGGUGUGAACCUGUGAGACUGUUGGAUGAAUGAGUGAUUUAGUGAAUAAACGCAUGUUUGUAAGAACAAGAAGUUGUAUGCAAGAGUGUUUGUGUGUGAGUGAGCGAGUGUACAAACAACCAUGAGUGAAGCUGGAUCACGAGGGACUCUGGAAAGGGACCAUCCAGCCCCUGCAUGAACCUGUGACAACUCACCGCAGGGACUGAAGCUUUAAGAACUGGAAUGUAUAAUAACCAAGCUGCACCAAAAACAGCCAACCAAACCAAACCAACCAAAGACAAGUGGAGAUCUUCUUCAUGACUCCUCCACACACCCUGCCCCCCCGAGGACACUACACCCUCAGCUUAUAGGUGCAGAGGAUGACGAGUGCGGUUGGGGCACGGUGCGGAGGUUGCCUUGUCUAUUAGCAUUGCUAUAGAAACGACCCAGGGGAUGAUGCUCCUGUGCGAUACCGUGGAAACAGAAUGCUGCUACCAGGACAUUCAGUGGAACAAACCAAAGUCUCAUGCAUACAAACAGGAGAAACAUAUUAAAGGGAACAAUUUAUUGAAAGUUAUAUAUAUAUUAUAUAUAUAAAAGAAGACAGAAACCCUAAAUAAGCAAUCUUACUAUGAUGGUUAUUAUAAUUAUUACGAUAAAAUUAUUUCAUUUAUUUAUUUCAGCUCUGUGUGCAGCAGUCUUUCUCGACUCAGUAAACCUUACAGAAACAU